AUGUGCCGUUUUCUGGUCUACAAAGGAAGCGACGACAUUCUCUUAUCAAAGCUGAUUCUCGAUCCCACCCACUCGAUUCUCAAGCAAUCUUUUGAUUCCAGGCUGCGUCUCGAUACGAGACGAGGACAGAACAACGCGGAUGGUUUCGGCAUCGGUUUCUACACCGACCCCAAGCUUGGCUCAGCGCCCUGCCUUUUCACAUCCACCAUUCCCGCCUGGAACUGCACCAACUUGCAACGCAUCGCUUCCAAGACCGCAUCCCGUCUUAUAUUUGGCCAUGUCCGUGCCACGACCGAGGGCUCCCUGAGCGAAGACAACUGUCACCCCUUUACACAUGGCAGUUUGAUGUGGAUGCAUAAUGGAGGUCUCGGUGGAUGGAAAUACAUCAAGCGACGUCUCGGUGAGCGUCUGGCCGACAAGUGGUACCUGGGCGUCAAGGGCGGCACCGACAGCGAAUGGGCUUUUGCUCUCUUCCUCGAUACCCUUGAGCGACUUGGCCACGACCCAAGCACUUGCCCCGAAACUGGCUUCGGUCCAACAAUUCUUCGAGAGGCCAUGAAGCGUACCAUUGCGCAGAUCAACGAAAUGACCGAUGCAAUCCCAGAAAGUAUCUUGCAGAACGAGGACGUCGACACUCGAAGUUUGCUCAACUUUGCCGUUACCGAUGGCCACAGCGUAAUCUGCACUCGAUACAUCAGCAGUUCAAAGGAUGAGGCAGCCAGCUUGUAUUAUUCCUCUGGAACGCAAUGGACGACACGCACCCAGUCUGCGAAUGAUAAGCAAUAUCAGAUGGAGCGCAAGGAUCGAGGCGCCGACAUUGUUCUUGUCGCAAGCGAACCUUUGACAUUCGAGAGAGAAAACUGGGUCAACGUACCAACAAACUCCAUCUUGACAAUUCAUAGACAGACCGUCAUGGUCCAUCCCAUCAUUGACAAGUACUACGAGCGGGAUCCUCAUCAUGUCCGCUCCAGUGCCUUUGUUCAGGCGAAGGGUCUGACAUCGAACGAGAAGAACCGAAGCGAUGCUGCAAGCCCUGCAGGACAGGAUCGUCAACAACAAGAGCUCGAUGGCUACCGCAAGAUGAUGACUGGUACCCUCAGCCUUGGUCAAUCGAGAAGUCUCAGCCCCGAUGUCUGCCGCCAAACAAGAAAGCUAGCCCCGGGUCUUGUGCCUGUGCAUGUGCCUGUACCUGAGCCGAUUCCUGUCCCGCAACCAGCGCAAGUGACCCCGCCAGCUGAACAAAGCAACAAACCGACCCCAGCACAAGGAAACAUCAAGGUUAAAAGACGAUCUGUUCAGCUGUUGGAUAUCAAUCAAGGAUCGAACGACCUCGAUCAGAUCUCAGAUACAGACGAACCGGCACGGGCAGAUGUGCGUAACCCGAAGAAACUUUCGCAGUAUUUUCCCGAACUCACCCUCGCGUCUCACGCGGGGUGA